AUGGCGAAGCAGAAGCUGCGCCGUCUCGUGCGAGGACCACGCAGGGCCGCCGGCGAGGACCGCCUAAGCGCCCUUCCAGACGAGCUGAUCGGCCUCAUAGUGGGCAGGCUGGACACCCGCACCGCGCUCUCCACCGCCGUCCUCGCUAGGCGCUGGGCGCGUAUUCCACGUGACCUGCCCGCUCUCGACUUCAGGGUCAGUGACAUACUCCCGCUAGAGUACGAUCAGGGUGUCGCUCUCCGCCAGGACCUGCCGCCUGACACGGCCAUGGCCGGGAUGCUCGAUGGUUUCUUGGCGGGCUGCGAGAUGGGCAGCACGAGGGCGUUGGCCGACGGAGUCACCAGCUUCUUGGCAGCCGAUUGUGACGGCGACGCACGUCGGCGCGUCAAGACCCUCCGGCUCGAGUUCUUCCCCACGGAUCAUGGCGGCUGCAUCGAGCGCGUGGCCGCGUCCACGCCCGUCGCCGUGUACGAGAGGCUGUUCAGCGACCUCACACGGCUUCAGGUGCUGCAUCUCAUAUCAUGCAGCUGCACGGCGGACCUCCAUCAUCUAGUGGUCGACGCACCGGGUUCAGCGAUGAGGGAGCUCGUCGUGGAAGAAUGCGCGUUCUCAAGAAUCACGGUGCGCGCCCUCCCAAUGCUCGCCCGCCUGGCGUGCAUAGGCACAACCGUGGUGCUCAGGCUCGACUCCGUUCCGAACCUCACGCAGGUGAACCUCACAUUCUGGGGGAGCAAGAAACCCUCGAACUUCCUCGGGAAGGCCCCAGCUGCGACGACGAGCCUCGUUCUCCGCUUCACCGGGCCAAGUAGAUGGGUGGUGCCGAUUCACCUGACCACGCCGUUCCUCGGCCUGAAGAGGCUCCUCGUCGCCGACCUACCUUCGAAUUGGGACGUCUCGUGA